CCACAGAUAGCCUACGCCGGACACAUGUGGCAAGGUUUUGUGCAGUUCCUUUGGAAAUUUGGCCAAGAUUGAACUUACACGUCUUGAACUUGGCUGACAACUUCUAAAUACGAAGACAAACAUGGUGGAGCCGGUGCCUGAGAGGCUGGAUUUUCCUCUUGCUGAAGAAGAAGUGCUGAAGCUCUGGAAACAACUGAAUGCUUUUCAGACAUCUCUCAAACAGUCCAAGGGAAAGACCAGGUACUCCUUCUAUGAUGGGCCUCCGUUUGCAACUGGCCUGCCCCACUACGGCCACAUCUUGGCAGGCACCAUCAAGGACAUCGUGACCAGAUGGGCGCACCAGAGUGGCUUCCAUGUGGAGAGGAGGUUUGGAUGGGACACCCAUGGCCUGCCAGUGGAAUAUGAAAUUGACAAGACCCUGGGGAUCAAGGGACCUGGAGAUGUAGCCAGGAUGGGCAUUGACAAAUACAAUGAGGCCUGCAGAGGUAUUGUCAUGAGAUACGCUGGGGAAUGGAAGGAUAUUGUAACACGACUUGGCCGCUGGAUUGACUUUGACCAUGACUACAAAACACUUUACCCAUGGUUCAUGGAGUCCAUCUGGUGGGUGUUCCGUCAGCUGUAUGACAAGGGUCUGGUGUACCGAGGCUUCAAGGUCAUGCCCUACUCCACGGCCUGCAGUACUCCACUGUCCAACUUUGAGUCCAACCAGAACUACAAGGACGUGCAGGACCCGGCUGUGAUUGUGAACUUCCCUCUGGAUGAAGACCCAGGUGUGUCGAUGAUAGCCUGGACCACCACACCAUGGACACUCCCCAGCAACAUGGCGCUGUGUGUCAACCCACAGCUGGACUAUGUCAAGGUCAAAGAUAACACCACAGAUAAGGUGUACAUCAUGAUGGAAGCCAGGCUGGAGGCACUGUUCAAGAAACCUGAGGAGUACACUAUUCUGGACAGGUUCAAAGGAUCCAGCCUGUUUGGGAAGGGAUACAAGCCAUUAUUCCCUUAUUUCAGUGAGCGCAAGAAGUCAGGAGCAUUUCGCAUCUUUGUUGAUGGCUAUGUUACCACGGAAACUGGAACUGGAGUGGUCCAUCAGGCGCCAUACUUUGGGGAGGAUGAUUACCGAGUUUGUCUGGCCAAUGAUGUCAUUUCUCGAGAUGGUGCAGUAGUCUGCCCUGUAGAUGCCAGCGGCUGCUUUACAGAGGAAGUCACCGACUUCAAGGGACAGUAUGUCAAGGAAGCUGACAAGAACAUCAUCCAAUGGCUAAAACAGCAGGGCCGACUUGUGAACCAGGGGACUUAUGUGCAUAGCUACCCUUUCUGUUGGCGUUCAGAAACCCCACUCAUCUACAAGGCAGUGCCUGGUUGGUUUGUGCGUGUAGAGCCCCUCGUCGAGAAACUACUACACAACAACAGUCAGUGUUAUUGGGUGCCAGCGUUUGUGAAGGAGAAGCGAUUUGCCAACUGGCUCCGCGAUGCUCAUGACUGGGCAAUCUCUCGCAACCGUUACUGGGGAACACCCAUCCCACUCUGGGUCAGCGAGGACUAUGAAGAGGUUGUUGCUGUUGGAUCUAUUGAGGAACUGUACAAAUUGUCUGGAGUCAGGGUCAAAGAUCUCCACAGAGAAAGUGUGGACCAUAUAACGAUCCCCUCCACCCGUGGGAAAGGUGUGCUGAAGAGAGUGACUGAGGUGUUUGACUGCUGGUUUGAGAGUGGAAGCAUGCCCUAUGCCCAAAACCACUACCCCUUCGAGAAUAAGAAAGAGUUUGAGGACAGUUUUCCUGCAGACUUCAUUGCUGAGGGAAUUGACCAGACAAGAGGAUGGUUCUAUACUCUACUAGUCCUGUCGACAGCCUUGUUUGGGAAGCCACCAUUCAAGAACCUCAUUGUUAAUGGCCUGGUGCUGGCAGCAGAUGGACAGAAGAUGAGUAAGCGUAAGAAGAACUACCCUGAUCCCAUGGAUGUGGUCCAUAAGUAUGGAGCGGAUGCCCUGCGACUGUACCUGAUCAACUCUCCUGUGGUGCGUGCGGACAGCCUGAGGUUUAAGGAGGAUGGGGUGCGAGAUGUUCUGAAGGACGUGUUCCUCCCGUGGUACAACGCCUACCGCUUCCUCAUUCAAAAUGUCAUCAGGCUAGAGAAGGAGGAUGGUAUGACAUUCGUCUACAAUGCAGACACUGUGGUGUCAUCAGACAACAUCAUGGACCGCUGGAUCUUAUCCUUCACACAGUCCCUCAUCCAGUUUGUCACACAAGAGAUGGCAGCAUAUCGCCUGUAUACUGUUGUUCCACGACUGGUCAAGUUUGUGGACAUGCUGACCAACUGGUAUGUGCGCUUCAACAGGAAGAGGCUCAAAGGAGAUGGUGGCACAGAAGACUGUCUCCGAGCACUCGAGACUCUGUUCAGUGUGCUGUUUUCCAUGACCCAAGUUAUGGCCCCGUUCAUCCCCUUCCUAACAGAACAGAUGUACCAAAAUCUGCGUCACUUGCUGGACCCCAGCCUUACAAAGAAGCAGAAUGUCGACAGUGUGCACUAUCUGAUGCUACCAAAGCCAAGGGAGAAGCUGAUUGAUCAGCAGAUAGAGAGGUCUGUGUCCAGGAUGCAGUCUGUGAUCGAAGUUUCCCGUGUCAUCAGGGACAGGAAAACCAUCCCAGUCAAGUACCCUCUGAAGGAACUGGUAGUUAUCCACCAGGACCAGCAGUGUUUGGAUGAUGUCCAGUCACUGGAGAGCUACAUCCUAGAGGAACUGAAUGUUCGUACCCUGACCUCGUCCAGUGACAAACAGAAAUACAGUGUAAAACUGGUGGCUGAACCAGACCACCGUGUGCUGGGUGCACGACUCAAACAGGCAUACAAGUCAGUACAGAAGGCCAUCAGAGAGCUGACGGAUCAACAACUACAGGGAUUCCAAGAGAAAGGUGAAAUCGAUGUUGAGGGUCACACCUUGUCAGGAGAUGAUCUCAAGCUGGUGUACAAGUUUGAUUCCAAGAGUGGAACGUCACUGUCUGAGUAUGAGGCACAUUCUGACAACCAGAUUCUCGUCCUGCUGGAUGUGACCCCAGAUCAGUCCAUGUUAGAUGAAGGGGUGGCCAGGGAAGUCAUCAAUCGCAUCCAGAAGCUGAGAAAGAAGGCUGGUUUGGUUCCCACUGAUGACAUCACAGUGUACUAUGAUGUUAGCCCAGCAUCUGACAACCUGGCCCGAGUCAUCCAAACACACCAUGGGUACAUCCAGGACACACUCAAGAAAGGCCUUCAGCCCUUCCCUGUCCCAGCCUCAGGCGAUGUCAUCAUUAAGGAGUCAGCGAAGCUGAAGGAUGCCACACUCCACAUGGCCAUAGUUCAGGGGGAGGGCAGUAUGCCAACUGGUACGAAUGGUCCAUCCUGCAGGUAUAUCAACAUACAACUACUGGGGCUGCAACCAAAAGGAGAGGCUACAGGUAGGAAGGGGACCAUUUUGCUGGAGAAUCCUAGUGGAGACUUCCCCCUGUCCUACUGGGACCUUCUGCAGAGGGUGGCUAUGAUCUUUGGUCUGCAGGAGGCUGACAUCAAACUUUAUACACCACAGAAGGGAGGGGGUGUGACCCUGGUCACCCCUGAGAUGCAGAAUGGUUUGAAGCCACUUCAUGGUACAACCAUCUUUGUGUCAUCCAAACAGCCAUCUGCAGCAGAUGUCUCCAGUGCAUCUGUGACACCUGACCCCAGCUGCAAGUAUGUCAACCUGCAGCUACAAGGAGUAAAGCCAGGUUCUCUUCAGUGUGGAGUGAGAGGCAGAGCAGCCACCAUACUGCUGGAGAACCCAGUGGGUGAUUUCCACCUGACCACUCAGCAGCUGGUACAGGAGGCAUGCAGAGUCUUUGGUCUCCACAACAAGGCUGUGCUCAUCAAGGAGCAUCCCACUGCUGCUCAAGACUUGCAGCCCACCAGGGACAUGCUGCCCCUGCACGGAUCAACACUAUAUGUCAGCCAAGCCAUGUAGAACAACUCCCAGCAGGACAAGAGCUUCUCAGGAAUGGGCACAGCUGUAGAGGCAAAGACGAUCUUGCCUUUCUCAGUUUAUCUAGGUACACGUACUACCAGCAGAUACAUGUUGGAUUACAGGUACACUGAAUGAUUAUGAUGACAUGUAUCUGAGAGUUAUUAUGGAACACCGAUGGCCAAAACAAUCUCCUUGUAUUUUGUGUGGUCAAGACUGUUUCUUCUAUAUAUUUAGUGAGUUAGGCCAUCUUUUUACAGCAAUGAAAGAUGUUUUUUGACAUAAGAAAUAAGAUGUGCUUCAGUUUUCUUUGUAAUGUAAUCAUUAUGGUAAUUUUGCUUCAAUGCCUCACACUUCCAUGUACAUGUUGUAACCUCUUCAUGGACCUUCGAUCUGCAGAUCCACCCAUAUGCAUGUCAUCCAGCAGUCCUCUAGUAAUUAACUGUCAUGUCAUUUGUAUUGAUUCCCUCGCUAAUGAGUUGCAAAGUUACACAACCAGUGUUGCGUAUAUAGCAUACAGUUCAUCUUGCGAGAUGUUGAGGUUCUAGUACUGUAAGUUUACCUGUCCAUGUAUUAAGUACAAUGCUAGUUAAGAUACCCACAUGUGAACUGUACACCGCUACUGGAUGCCAAGGAGCCCCUACGACCACUGUGGUUACAGGCCAUGAGUGAGUGAGUGAACUUUAUAUAGUGAGACAGAACUGUUUGUUUUUUCAGACAUGCAUAUGAUUGUUUUACAUGUAAAAUGUGGGUUGUGCAUUGAAAUGAUGGAAGUAACUAGCAUAUUAAUGCAUCAGAGGUGGUGUUAAACAAUGUUUAUAUUACGAUGGUAAUAUUACUUUCACUUGUCAAUUUUGGGUAUAGUUAUACCAAAGAAACUUUUAGUGAAUAGAAUGGUACAUUGAUAUCACAUGGUAGGUUUGAGCUCAGUACAAUUGUCAAAACUUUAAUAGGGGAAACACUGGAGAAACACACCCAGCAGAAGAGGUAAUAAAAAAAUUUAAAAAAAACAUGUCUUGUAUGAAUCUUCCCUUCUUUCCCUAGUCAGAGGGUUCCUAAUGUUUGCUUUGGAGGACAUAUGUCGGGAAGGUUUCCUUAUCACCAAUUAGAGACAGUCAUUCUAAUGUGUCUCUCAUGAGUGUCAUGGUAAUGAUAAAUCAAUCACUCCUAGGAGAGCAUAGCAGACAGCAGGCUGGCAGGUCCUUGUGUGUCUGUGGGUGGAGUAAUUGGUCAUGGAUAUUAGCUAUGUUUUCCAUUGGGUUUCACAUAAUAUCAUUCAGUCAUACAUUGGAAUCACUAUGGAAAAGUGUCCCAGUAUGUGUUUGCUGUAAUUUAGUUAAAUAUCUAUUUCAAGAAUAAACAAAACUCUGUAGGAUACAAACCUCCAUGAUGAAGAAAUUAUUGUGUUAAACUUUUCCUCAAAUGUGACCCUAUUAGACUUCUGACAUGCAAGUCCACCAUGCAAAAGGAUCCAUAUUUUAAGGUGUGAACAGUCAUUCAAUGUGUGAAACUCUUAUCUCAGUAAGAAAGGGUAUUGUAGCAUUUCUUCAUCAAUUAUGUAUAUGAUUAUGACGCCCAUAUGUGUGUGGUGAAUAUAUCUAAAUGUUAAACUUUGCCUAACUUCCAAAUGAGUGAGCUUCCAAAUGAACCACUAGUGUUUUCUCAUCAAUUAUGCCAAUUUGAUUCAUUUGCAUAACAUAUCUAUUUUGACAACUUAAUGAGCAUUCUGCAACUGGACUUUAUAACUGGACGUCAUAGAAAUUGUUGUCA